AUGGAAGUGCCCACAAUAGGAGCUGAAGCUUUGGAGAUAAAUGCAGAGAUACCUGGUUGGGCUGAAGAGAUAGUCAGGUAUUUAGAGGCCAGCAAGUUGCCAAAAGAUAAAGGGGAAGAGAGGAAAGUUAGAAAUAGAGCAAUAUGGUUCACCCUGGUGAACGUUGUGUUAUACAAGCGGGGUUACUCAAAUCCCUUCUUGAGAUGUGUAUCACAGGAGGAAGCGUUGUACAUAUUGAUAGAAGUGCAUGAAGGAGUGUGUGGGAACCAUUUUGGUGAAAGAUCAUUGGCGGUGAAAGUGAUGAGGGUGGGGUACUACUAG